AUGUCACUUAUAGAUCUGGACGACGACCAGCGAUGGGUGCCCACCCAUGUGAAUGUCACUGUCCUUCGCGCAAGGGGACUGCGAACGAAGGGCAAGCACGGGAGCCGCUACCUUUACACCAUCAUCCAGGUGGGGAAGGAGAAAUACACCACGGGCUUGGUGGAGAAGGCGGAGGUGCCGGCGUGGAACGAGGAGUGCUGCUUCGAGCUGCUCCCCGGGAUUCUGGAGGACGGCGGCCGGAGCGCCUACCCCCCGGGGAGCGGAGACCUGGUCUUCACGGUCAUGCACCGGGUGCUUAUUGGACUUGACGUGUUUCUGGGUCAAGCCAUCAUUCCCCUUGAUAAAAUAUUUCAGGAUGGAAUGUGUCCUAGAGAUGAAUGGCUCAAGCUCCACUCUAAGGCUGGAAGGAAGGAGAAGGAGCGUGGCGAAUUGCAGGUGACCGUGCAGUUCACUCGAAACAACAUGACAGCCAGUAUGUUUGACCUCACCAUGAAGGACAAGCCACGCUCUGCCUUUGGCAAGCUCAAGGAUCGCGUCACAGGAAGGAAGAGGGGAGAUGUGGAGUCUUCCUCAGCCAUUGUGCCUGGACGCUACGCAGCUUUGUCAGGAUCCCUGGGGCAGCCAUUUGGAGAGGGGGGUGGGGGAGGCCUGGAAUCAGUAGAUAUACCAGAAGAGAAGAGGAGUAAGAUGAAAGAUUUCUUCAAAGGGAAGCUACGCAAGUCAUCUGACACCAGGUCAUGCUCAUCACUAGCUUCAGAGAGCAGCAUGUCCUCCAUGGCCAGUGAUAACCCCGGCCCUCCACCUAACCUUGACCUGUUGGCAGACCCUCCCAGCUCCCCUAUCUACAGUAGCAAAGUGAGAGUGGACAGCAUGUACGGAGAAACUGACUUAGCUAAAAAAGUGCUCACCAGCCAGCACACCACAAAGGUUCUGACCCACAAACGAGCCUUCAGCGAUGAAGCUAGUAAAGCCACGGCCGCCUUUCCUCGAUCAUAUCUCGCAGUGGAGUCCCUUAAAGGUCAGAGCAUGACUCAGUCCAAAUCUUCAUUGUGUAUCAAUGGAAGCCACAUCUAUGACUCUGAGCCGUCAACUCCCAAGAGCUCGGGAGCCAUCCCAUCCAAGUUAGUCUUGCUAGAGAAAUGCUCCCCACUGUCUCGCUCUCUGCAGAACCUCACCAAGCGAAGUGAGGACAAAGGUUCCCCUGGCGAGAGCCGACGCUGGUCCUUUGACAAGAUGAAAAAAGAGGAAAAGGAGGAUGAAAAGGAACCUGAGCCAUCAGCUCUCUCAAUUCAGUCUGCUCAGAUAGGGGAUCGCCAAUUGCAGGCAACAGUUCCAAUACUCUCCUCUGGGGCUGAUUCAUCUGACAAAGGGAGAAAGCUAAGAAAGACUGGAGGAAGAAGCGAUUCUCUCCCUGCUAAGUCAGACCUGAACCAGAGUGGUUCGACAUCUGAAGGGAGACUCAGAGGCUGGUUUGGCUCCAGUGAUUCCCACAGCAAGCCAAGGCUGGAAGUUUCUCCUAAGGUAGAAAGCAACUCAGACGUACCCCCUCCCCUCCCCCCUCGCUCCCCCAACCCCAACCAAUGCUCCUCUCCCUCUGCCUCCUCCACUGGUCAUGUCUCACCUGAUAAUGGGAGUCACACUAACCCCUUCACCCCCUCCUCUUCACCCUCCUCAACCCCCAUCUCCCCUUCCAACCCUUUCCUCACGCGUAUGCAGCGCAACCCCUUUUUUGAGGAGCUCAUAGCUGAAGAGUUGCGGAAGUCUCCCCCUCUUGUGCCUUGCUCCUCUUCUGGCUCACCCCUCUCUCAUUACACUGCUCUGCCUUCCCAGCCAUGCACACCUAGCUCUGGUAAUGAUGUUAAGCCCAAGCAACUGGCCUCCAUAAGGCGAGAGCGCCCCAGGCCAGUGGCUAGGCAGAUUUCCCUCCCCGCAUUACUUCGCACACCAGCCACGCCUAGUUCCCCCAAUCACUCCACUCCUCGCUCCAUGUCAGAGAGUGGGGCAGAAUGUGAUGACUCCUUUGAUGCCUUUGCCUCCAGCAGGCUGAACUCACCAAAGGCGACUCUUCCUCUAAAUUCUGUGAAAACCAUCCGAGCUUCACCUCAUACAAGCAGCAACCCUCCAGUUCAUAAUAAUGCCAUUAAUCCAAUAGAAGAGUUACAAACAUUUGAAGUGGAACCUCCUCCUUUGCCUCCAAGGAGGCUUUUGAGAAGUUCAGUGAGUGAGGUAUACUCCAACAGCUGGCUGCAUAGAGGUCAGGAGCUAGCUGUUCAGAAAGAAGCCUGCCUUCUUUCGCAGACUGGUGUGGCCUCCUUACAACAUGGAAGAGAAGGAGAACGAAAAAGAAACACACCCAGUAUAUCUCCAGACCCUCAGACAAGCAGUGACACCUCUGAUUCCCUCAGCAUUCUCUCUCAGUCGUGUGCAAACAGGACUUCCCCAGGAUUCAUGUGUGAAGAAAAGCUCAAGAAGUUUAAAUAUGAACCUUUAGAAGAUGAGACUGACUGCUGGAGGGGGAUGCUGUUCGAGCAAGACUUAUACGGACGUGUUGGCAGAGGAAAUUAUGUUGAGACCAAAGUAAACACUAAACUUUUGUCACUGAAGACUGAGGAAACUCUGAGGAAUGAGAUCCUAUCAAAGAACACCAGCCAUUCCCAACAAGUUGAAGUACCUAAAACGCUUCUUGGUAAUGAGCUGUCUGUUGCUGAUCUUUUGAGUAUGUCAUCUGGAACUCCCUCCAAGUCAAACUUGAAGGCACUAAGUUCUGCUUCCACCGCAUUAGAGCCAACAGUAAAUUCUCCUCCCAUUCAUCCAGCUCAGCCUUUGUGUGUAAACAACAAUGUAACUGACACACUAACGUUGGAAGAUCUCAACAUGAAUGUGAAUAAUUCUGAUUUUGGUUUUAUUGAUUCUGAUGGUUCCUCGCCAUCAGAAAUAGCCGAUACUCUCAAAGGUCCUGGCAGUCUUUCACAACCAUCAGAAGAUUCACCCAUAGCCAUUUACAACACAGAGACUGUGACCACAUCAGAGGAUGUGUUCACUUUGAAGAAUACAUCCUCACCUCAGAUGAACACUUCCUUUGAAACAACUGAGUCACCUAACAGACUGUGCAGAGUCUCACCAGUUUGCCAAGACAACUGCUGGGAUGAGCGAUGUGAACUGAACAAUGUGGCCCCGCAGGGUAACUCCAUACACAAUAGGACAGAGAAUGCUGCUUUGUCAUUAGGCAGUCAAUCAUCUGAUCAACCUGAUGUUGAAACUAAAGAUAUGACACAAGGUGUUGAUAAUUUUAAAGUGACACAAGCUGCCUUUGAUGAUAAUGGCAACCCACAAGCCAGACUAGCCGGUAGACAGGUAGUCAGUGCACGUUUUAGGCCAAAAGGAAUAACCCGAGAGCACAACAGUGGCAGUCCAGUCAGUCAAAAUAAAAAGGGAGAAGGCACAGCUGAACAGUUGUCAUCCCUUGUUGAAAAGAUUUCAGAUGCUACAGAAGAACCUUUCUCAUAUCAACCGACUAAAUCGCCUCCUCCCUGUUCACUGACAGUAGAUACAGAGACAGCCUCUCUGGCAGAUAGCACAGAUGAAAACCAGAAAGCCCAAAGUGAGUUUAAUACCACAUCACUGAAGCCUUCAAAAGAAGACACGGACACCAUUUGGUCCAGUUUUACAGGAAAUAGUGUAACAGAAAAUCCCAGUGCGAUUAGUUUUGAAGAUCUCCAUGCAAAAGUAGCCCCAAGCCUGAGAACCCCUUCAAAGUCUAAACCCACUUCUCCCAUCCCUUCCUCUGCGCUCUCCCUGUCAGCUGAUGCACAGGCUAAACUCCAUCCUACCCCUGCCUUUUGCCCCUCCAUAAACCCCCCAAGUAUGGGGCCCAGUGCUGGAGCCAGUACUACUCUGGCUGUGGCCCCCUACUCCUCCUCUUCCUCCUCCUUCUGUACCUCCUCCACCACUGCCCAGCCCCCGGUCGAUGCACGGCACUCACUUUUGCCUGAGGAGACACAGCCAGCUAGCAACCUGCCCCUUCAGGAGAGCAGCCCCCAUCCAGUGAAGCCACUAACCUCCAGCCAUCCUGAGAAGAAGGAGAGUCGCUCUGUUCUGGAGAAGCUCAAGUCCACGAUCCACCCCGGACGCACGUCCCACCAGACUGUGGCUGAGCCUGAGAAGAGUCAGGAGGUGAGAGUGGACAGCUCUGCCCAGUACCAGCACCUGACCAACAUGGAGCUGAUCUCCCUGCUGCUGCAGCAGGAGAUGGACAUGCAGAAGCAGCAGGCCGCCUCAGAGCAGCAGGGGGCGCUGCUGGAGAAACGAGAGGCUGAGCUGAAAAAGGUCAAGACACAGGUUCGAGACCUCGAGGACUACAUUGAUAAUCUUUUGCUGCGGAUAAUGGAGCAGACGCCCACGCUGCUUCAAGUGCGCUCUCGACAUAAGUGACAAGAGCACCGGGGUGUGUAUGGUGUUGCACACAGUGUACGAUCAUUUUCCUCUAGAACACUGUUUCUCCAGUAGAUUGUAACUGAAUGCAGAGGCUGAGUUCAAAUCACAGGGUUAGUUCUGAUUUUUGGAUGUUUACUUGAAAAGAGAGACUGUUGCACAAAGGGUAAAAAAAUGCAGAUUAGGAAGCACUGUUCUAGAGGCAGGUGUAGUAAAAAACACACACACAAAAUCUGAUCUCACAAUCAUCCAGGUCUUCUCACUGCUAAUACUGCCCUGUUGAUGUAGACACAAUAUUAAGCAACAUGCAUGCUUGUUACUAUCUCAAUUUGGUAUGAACAAACAAAGAACCAAGCUCUUUGAGAGAAACCUCUGUCACAGCAGAGGCACAUGGUUAUUUCACCCAUGCUUGCUAGAAUCAGGUAAGGUACUCAGCUGUUGUCAAUUUAAAAUAACUUACUGCUUUCACUUAUGCUUCUAUGAAAAACAGGCUACAGGAAACAUCUUUUUGGAAUUACAUCUACUACGCUCUUCAGGGAUUAAAAUAGUUACUCUGGCAAAAUAUGACAUUACCUCAGGUAACCUUAAAAAUCAUGUUUGGGUUGGCAGCUCAUGAAGUUGUACUCAAAAUAAGCUAACAUUUUGAAAUAAUAUUUUCAAACAGUGUUAAUCUCAAACACAGUUCCACCAAGUGCCGAUUGGACAAUGGUUAACUUGAGUUAAUUUCAUAUUUUGGAAGAAAUGUGACAAAAAAAAAAAAAAUAAAAAAAAAUAGCGCCAUGUCAUAAAAAAACUGUAAUGCAGUAUGAAUACUGGAAAGUAGUAUCAUACGAAAAUCUGUUUCUGCAUUAACAUUGCUGUAUGAUAAGCAAAAAUAAUUAUUACAUCUCUUAGGAGAAAAGAUGGGGGAGGUCUCACUGCUCGUUUGUUUACACUUUGUUUUUCAUUUUUAGAAAGCAUUGUGUUCUCUAAACUCUUGUUUCUGAUUAUAGCCUUAAACAACUGGAAUGUUUUAAUACAGUUUUUACGUUCUGUUGUCUAUUCUGCAAAUGUUUGAGCUGAAACAGUAAAAAUGUUAUUGAGGAAAUAACAAAACGACAAUGCAGUAAAUAAGAGUAUUAAGUUAUUUCUGUCAAAUAGUUUUGUCAUUAUAAUAUAUUCUCUAAUGCCACUCUAGAACCGCUGUAGCUAAUUGCAUUGCUUUACAUGACCGCACUACUGUAAUAAAGUUAAAAAAAUAAAUAAAUAAA